AUGGCUAGUCCAACUGAGCGAUGUUCCCCGCCAAAAGAAAAUUUAACGACUUUCCCCCCAAUCACUCGAUCACAUAUCCUGAAUUGCUCAUACCAUGCAUGGUAUUCUCUAUAUCGGUCCGUCUCUCCAAAGGCACGACUUAUUCCUCUGAGUGAAUCAUUCAUCAACUAUAUCCGUGCAGAUGGGAUUGUUCUUCCUCCAGAUGAGACAAGCCUAGAGGUAUCAGAUGAUGAUAGUUGGACGUUUUCCGCGUCUAAUGGGGACAGUAACUCAGAGAAAGGUGGCUCUGAUGAGGAUGAGGACGAGCCCUAUGAUCCCUCGCGAGAGUGGCCGGAGGUGCAUGCCGAAGUAAUAGCAAAAAUAAGAGAGCUGGGAGGUCAAGUUUCACCUAAAUUGAACUGGAGUGCACCUCGAGACGCAAAAUGGAUACUUGCGACCAAUGAUAUGCAAUGCAGAACGGCUAAUGAUGUCUACUUGCUCCUCAAGAGCAGCAACUUCAUGAACCAUGAUCUUGACCAUGCAUUUGAUGACUGCGUGAUUGAGUCAAACCAAGGACAAGAUAAUACGCCUACCACAUCAAGCCAGCCGUCUAUUCCGUAUCAUCUUGUGCUACGCAAAUAUUUUAACGUUAACACAUCACUGGAGUUUCGGUGCUUUGUCCGCCACAGGCAACUAAUAUGCCUUUGCCAGCGGGAUCUGACCUACUAUGACUUUCUAUCUGGAAUGCGGAACCAGUUACUAAGGGUGAUUCAAUCCUUCUUUGAUGAAGUGCUUCGAGAUACAUUCCCUGAUCCAGAUUUUGUGUUUGACGUCUAUGUCCCGCCGCCACACAACAAGGUCUGGCUAAUCGAUAUAAACCCCUUUGCUCCCAAGACAGAUCCCCUUCUCUUUUCGUGGCGGCAAAUACUUAAGAUUGGCCAGGAAGUAGAACAAAAUAUCAAUGGCCAGGUCAAAGGGGUUGAAGAACAGGUCAUUAGGCUCAAAAUUAGCGACCAGAACGUAUCAUCUGCCGCUGAGAUAUCCUCAAUGCUGGCCGAGGACGAGAAUGACGAGUCAGAUAUUGAGGAAGUGGUUUCCGAAUUACCACUAUUCCUUCUGCUAUCAGGAGGGAACCCAGCCGGAACCAACAUGAAUGCCGCCCCAUAUUCCGCACAUAAACUUCCAAAGGAUGUGGUAGAUGCAUCAAAAAGUGGUCCUGGCGGGAUGGGAGAGUUUCUCACCCAGUGGAGGGACAUACUUGAGGGAAGGAUACAACUGGAUACCGGUGAUAGCGAGGAUGAUAACUAA